AUGGGCUGCGGACCUUCCCAGCCUGCUGAAGAGCAGAGACGGGUCCCCGCGCCCAAAAAGGGAUGGGAAGAGAAGGUCAAGGCUGAUGUCGGUGUGGCUCAUUCUGGGGAGAACUGCAGACCCCAAACUGAAGCUGCGCUGCCCAAGGACCCUGUGGGCAGCCCUGAAGGCCUCGAAAAACAGGCCCAGUUGGGAAGCCUACCCGGAACUAUUCCAGAAAGUUCCCCAUCUUCUAGUGAGAGAAACGGAAGAGUAAAUUCAGACCUAGUGACCAAUGGAUUAAUCCAUAAACCCCAAACCCUAGAGAAUCGAGAGCGACAAAAGUCAUCAGACAUCCUGGAGGAAUUAAUUGUUCAAGGAAUAAUACAAAGCCACAGCAAAGUAUUUAGCAACGGAGACUCAUAUGAUGUCAUGGUGAACACAACUGAGACGCCGCUGAGAAAGCCGCCAGCCAGGCUGAAAAAACUUGAGAUCAAAAAGGAAGCAAAAGAUUUCACAAUGAAGGAUGCGGAAGAGAAGACGCAGGCCGCGGAGGAGCGCAGGAAGGCUAAAGAUGAAGAAAUAAGGAAGAGGCUACGGAGUGACCCACUUUUGCCCGCAACCAAUCAUCAUUCAGAUUCAGCUGAACCCGGUGGGGGCGAGGUUCCGCUUGUCAAAGAGUUUAACCCUGGGAGUUGUGCCGUGUUUGAACCAUCGGACCUGCAGGGAGGAAAGCCGUUGAAGAGGAAGAAGAGUCAGAGUGAUGCGCCCUCAAGUGACAGAAACAACGAUUAUGAAGGGAUUGGGGUCGUGGAGUCAGACAUGUCCUACAACCAAGCAGAUGACGUAUUCUGAUAAGCCAUUUGAUGUGAGUUUCGUGAGAAGGCGUCCAUUCUCCCCAGUUGUGAUGUUCGUAGUGUGUCUCAUGUUUUUCUUUGACUGCCUGACCUCACCCCACUGGGUUUGCCUUGGCUUUAGGAAUGAUUGACCUGCAUGGGUGGGAGGUUAGUUGAGUAAAUUAAAUGGCUGUGCUAGUUAAAAAAAAAAAAAAAAAGGAACAUUUAACUGGCUUCGAUAUUAUGUAGUUGGCAUUCGCCUCCAGCGUGGCUUCAAACAUUACGAAUACGUCUUUAAUUUGUGAGUACCUUCUAGCUUACGUUAAUGUGUUUGUGCCAAAUGAAAUCUUUCUUUUUUGUUCCUGCCUCCUGGCUAUGUCCACCCUCUCAGGGUCCUUUAAGACAAAAUGUAUGGAUUUGUAUUAAGUAUUUUAAUAAUCUGUAUGCUUCUUAUGCUGUAUUUUUAGUUGGUUUUUUAAAUUCUCUUUGUGAUGUGAAGGAUUAAAGCAAUAUCUGGAAGGUGGGUGAACUAUAGUUGUAUCCACGUAGGUUAAGGAAGCAAUAUCCAAUUCACAGAAUUAAGUAAAGUAUGGAAUUUUCUUCCUAUGAAAAAACAAAAACUUCA